CAAACACCACAGAAGAAGAAGUAGAGAGUGCUGCGCCCCCUGCCGGCAGACCGCGUCCGCGCCUGCUCCGUCUCACACACACCGCUCGAUGACAGACGGGGAGGGGGAAGCGGAGAGAAGUAAGCCCCGGAUCCAUCUUCAAGAGAGAAAAUAGGAAAGAAAGACCGCGUCCCACUUUUAUUUCGUUUUUAGCGGCACCUUUCCGACUCAUAGACGUUAGGGAGCCCGUGGAGGGGCUGUGUCACUGUCUGUAGGAUGUCCCGACAUGAAGGUGUGAGCUGUGAUGCAUGUUUAAAAGGGAACUUCAGAGGGCGCCGAUACAAGUGUUUAAUUUGCUACGACUACGACCUUUGUGCAUCUUGCUACGAAAGUGGAGCCACAACAACUAGACACACCACGGAGCACCCAAUGCAGUGCAUACUAACCAGGGUAGACUUUGACUUGUAUUAUGGGGGGGAGGCAUUCUCAGUAGAGCAACCUCAGUCAUUUACUUGUCCUUACUGUGGUAAAAUGGGCUACACGGAAACAUCUCUACAGGAGCACGUGACCUCAGAGCAUGCAGAGACCUCUACAGAGGUGAUUUGCCCAAUCUGUGCAGCUUUGCCUGGUGGCGACCCCAAUCAUGUGACAGAUGACUUUGCUGCUCAUCUCACACUUGAACACAGAGCACCUAGAGAUUUAGAUGAGAGCAGCGGCGUACGGCACGUUCGUCGGAUGUUCCACCCUGGGCGGGGACUGGGCGGUCCGCGGGCACGCAGGACUAACAUGCACUUUACCAGCAGCUCCACUGGUGGGCUCUCCUCUUCACAAAGCUCCUCCUACUCUCCAAGCAAUAGGGAAGCCAUGGACCCCAUAGCAGAGUUGCUCUCUCAGCUGUCGGGUGUGCGGCGCUCCGCAGGAGGACAGCUCAACUCUUCUGGCCCCUCGGCCUCGCAGCUGCAGCAACUGCAAAUGCAGCUUCAGCUGGAGCGCCAGCAGGCACAGGCGGCGCGCCAGCAGCUGGAGACGGCCCGUAACGCUACACGCCAACGCAGCAACCCUAGCAACAUCAGUGCCAGCAUCCCGCCGCCCAACACCGCCACAAACACAGCCAUGACUGAGAGCAACCCGCUGGCCUCCCACAGCUCCCAGUUUCUUCUCACACGGUUGAACGAGCCGAAAAUGUCCGAGGCAGAACGGCAGGCGCUGGAGAGCGAGCGCGCGGACCGUAGCCUGUUCGUGCAGGAGCUGCUGCUGUCCACACUAAUGCGAGAAGAGAGCUCGUCUUCCGACGAGGACGAAAGGCGUUUAUUCCUGUGA